GUCGUUGGUAUCACUAGUAAAGUGGAUAGACAUUAUCACAAAGUGGUCACUAUCGAGGACUAAAGAACGUCAAAGAUGCCUGACUUAGUUGUGACCACCCAAGAGCUACGCCCCUCCAGUCCUGUCUAUGGUCACGCGCGAACGAUAAUAAAGAAUAAUUUCGUGGCCAUGGCAGGAGAAUACGUCGGAACCACUCUUUUCAUGCUAUGUUGUCUUGGAGGUACCCACGUUGCACUACUGCCAGAGAAGUCCGUGACGGGCGACUUGUCGCAGCCGCUAAACACUUCCAGCCUCUUUUACAUUUCCUUGUCCAUUGGGCUCUCUCUGACGGUUAAUGUUUGGAUUUUCUUUCGGGUUUCCGGAGGCUUAUUCAACCCAGCCGUGUCGUUGGGGAUGGUGCUUGCCGGGUGCUUGCCACCUAUGAAAGGCGCCUUGUUAACAGUGGCCCAGGUUUUGGGUGGUAUAACUGGAGCGGCAAUCAUCAACGUCCUACUUCCGGGAGAGCUAAAUGCUGGAACAACACUAGGUGGAGGAGCUUCUAUUGCCCAGGGACUGUUCAUUGAAGCCAUCCUUACCGCGCUGCUAAUGUUGACGGUUUUCUUUACGGCUGCCGAGAAGAAUGAGGCAACAUUCCUGUCUCCGCUUGCUAUUGGGAUGGCGCUUUUCAUUGCGGAGAUGGUUGGAGUGCCAUACAGUGGUGGAGCUUUGAAUCCUGUCCGAAGCUUAGGACCAGCUGUGGUAACUCAUAACUUCCCUGGAUAUCAUUGGAUCUACUGGGUCGGUCCCGCCCUCGGGUCUGUUCUUGCGACAUGCUUUUACUCUUUGCUCAAGUAUCUUGAAUAUGAAUCUGUCCCCGGACCCGGAGAAGCGCCCCACGUCCCUCCGUUUUGGCGCUUACCCGCUCGAGGGUAUCUAUCGACGUUGUCACACCCAUUCGCGAAAAGAGCAAGCACUGGAACUUAUUCCCAUGAAGACGACCCAGAAAAGGGUUUACGAUCUGGCAAAGAUUCCCAAGCCAAUACCGAUAACCCAACAAGAGUAAACAGGCGUGGAUCGGGUGAUGCGGAGAUUCAGAGUCCUGUUGAAGAUACGACGAUGGCGAACGCAAGAUUGGACAGAAUCGAAAUGCUAUUGACACAAUUGAUGCAGGUGCGCACGUCCGAGGGUACGCAGAAAUCACCUGCUGUAUAAGGGGGAGCGAAUCGGUAGUUAUCACCACGGAAGAAAGAUCAUUCAUUGCCUUUUUUUUGUCUUUUAGCCAUUAUAAAUGUCAUAAACCAGUACAUGCAGAUACACUAUAAUGUUGUCUAAUACAGG